CUCAGCUUCAGCUCCAACUCCAACUCCCAAUUACAUACAUUCCUAUUCUCUCUUAUUUCAAUCUAUUUGAAGCAAAUUAAAGCAAAUGGAAUUCACCAGUUUAGUUGAUACUUCCUUGGAUUUGAACUUUAAACCUCUUCGAGUUCCGGAUGAAUUACCGAAACAAGAAGUUGAGAGUAAUUUCAUUGGACUUGGAAGAGAUCUCAUGCCUGUCAAAGAUGAGGCAGGUGAUUUAUUGGAGGAGCUAAAUAGAGUAAGUGCUGAAAACAAGAAACUGACGGAGAUGUUAACAGUUAUGUGCCAAAAUUACAAUUCAUUGAGAAAUCAAUGGACAGAAUAUUUGAGCAAGCAGAAUAGUAGUACAAGUGGAGGUGAUCAUGAUCAGAACAGCGAUGGAUUGAAGAAAAGAAAAGUUGAAAACAAUAAUAAUAAUAAUAAUGAAAUUGUGAAAUCAUCAGUUCAAGAAUUAAACUCAGAGAACAGCUCAAGUGAUGAAGAUUCUUCUACAAAGAAACCAAGAGAACACAUUAAAACUAAGACUUCUAGAGUUUAUAUGCAAACUGAAGCAUCUGAUACUUCUCUGUUAGUGAAGGAUGGAUAUCAGUGGAGGAAAUAUGGUCAGAAAGUAACAAGAGACAACCCAUCUCCAAGAGCUUAUUUCAAGUGCUCUUUUGCUCCUACCUGCCCAGUCAAAAAAAAGGUGCAAAGAAGCGUGGAAGACCAAUCGAUUUUAGUAGCAACAUAUGAAGGAGAACACAAUCAUUCCAAAAUAGAUACUUCAGGCUCCGUUACAACAACUUCCCCGUCUAGCCGUUUAAACCCGAAAAGUUAUCUUUCGAGUAAUUAUACUACUCUCAUCAACACACCAGGACCAAGACCAACCUUAACUCUUGAUUUGGCUGAACCAAAAACAUUACUACAAAAUGACCCCAAAAAAGUGAAUAGCAAUACAAGUACUAGUAGUGCAAGUGGUCACAAGCGCAAAUCACCAGGAAAUGAUCAUCAUCAGCAACAUCAAAAUAAACCAGAGUUUCAACAAUUCUUGAUAGAGCAAAUGGCUUCUUCAUUGACCAAAGAUCCAAGUUUUCAAGCAGCUUUAGCCGCCGCCAUUUCAGGAAAAUUCUUACAAAAUAAUAAUAAUAUUAAUCACAUCGAUAAGUAAGUAAGUAAUUACUAUAUUAUUGAUGAGAGCUUGUUCAAUGUUUUUCAAGUUGACACAUUGAAAUGUUCCAGAGAAAGACAGCCACCCCCACCCCAAGUUGACACUAGGAUAUGUUGUUAAAAUGUACAUAGUGUUAUUACUAUAAUUGUCUUUUUGGGGGAACAGUAGCCAGUAGGUUGGACUAGGAAGUGCACGUGGAAAUGGAAUGGGCUAAUUUUCUAUAGCAGCCUAUAUUAGUUAGGUCUCAAUUUGCGCCUGUCAGUCUCACAAGAUUGAGACUUUGGUGGCCUUUAUAUUAAAUUGUGGAAUUUGGUCAUUUAUGCAAUUUGCUAAAAUAAAAAUUUACAAUAAUUUGA